AUGGUGAGCCGGGCGCCCGGGGCGCUGGCCCUGGUGCUGGCGCUCAGGCGAAGGCUGCUGAGGCGGGGUCCCCGCCUGGGGCCUCCCGGAGCGCUGGCGCUGGCCUUGGUGCUGACGCUUGCCCUGGCCCAGGGCGCAGCGGGCCUGGAGUUUGGCGGCGGCCCUGGCCAGUGGGCGCGCUACGGGCGCUGGGCGGGCGCGGCGAGCAGCGGCGAGCUCAGCUUCAGCCUGCGCACCAACGCCACGCGCGCCCUGCUGCUCUACCUGGACGACGGCGGCAACUGCGACUUCCUGGAGCUGCUGCUGGUGGAAGGGCGCCUGCGGCUGCGCUUCGCCCUGUCGUGCGCGGAGCCCGCCACGCUGCAUCUGGACACACCAGUGGCCGACGACCGGUGGCACAUGGUGCUGCUGACCCGCGACGCGCGGCGCACCGCUCUGGCCGUGGACGGCGAAGCCCGCGCCGCCGAGGUGCGCUCCAAGCGGCGCCACAUGGAGGUAGCCAGCGACCUGUUCGUGGGCGGCAUCCCUCCCGACGUGCGGCUGUCGGCGCUCACGCUCAGCACCGUCAAGUACGAGCCGCCCUUCCGCGGGCUCCUGGCCAACCUGAAGCUGGGAGAGCGGCCGCCUGCCCUGCUGAGCAGCCAGGGCCUCCGCGGGGGAGCCGCCGACCCGCUCUGUGCGGCCCGCAACCCGUGCGCCAACGGCGGCCUGUGCACCGUGCUCGCCCCGGGCGAGGUGGGCUGCGACUGCAGCCACACGGGCUUCGGCGGCAGGUUCUGCAGUGAAGAGGAGCAGCCCAUGGAAGGUCCGGCUCACCUGACGUUAAACAGUGAAGGGUCCCUACUGUUCUCUGAGGGGGGGGCCGGUCGAGGAGGAGCCAGCGACGUGCAUCAGCCAACGAAAGGGAAGGAGGAAUUUGUGGCGACCUUCAAAGGCAAUGAGUUCUUCUGCUAUGACCUGUCCCACAACCCGAUCCAGAGCAGCACGGAUGAGAUCACGCUGGCCUUCCGGACCUUGCAAAGGAAUGGCCUCAUGCUGCACACAGGGAAGUCGGCUGACUACGUCAACCUGUCCCUCAAGUCUGGCGCCGUCUGGCUCGUCAUCAACCUUGGAUCCGGUGCCUUCGAAGCCCUGGUGGAACCCGUCAACGGCAAAUUCAACGACAAUGCCUGGCACGAUGUCCGGGUCACCCGAAACCUGCGCCAGCACGCAGGGAUUGGACACGCUAUGGUGACCAUCUCAGUGGACGGGAUCCUGACCACCACAGGCUACACCCAGGAGGAUUACACCAUGUUGGGCUCUGAUGACUUCUUCUACAUCGGAGGCAGCCCCAACACAGCAGACUUGCCGGGCUCCCCGGUCAGCAACAACUUUAUGGGCUGUCUGAAGGAUGUGGUCUAUAAGAACAAUGACUUUAAGCUGGAGCUGUCCAGGCUGGCCCGGGAAGGAGACCCCAAGAUGAAACUUCAGGGUGAUCUGUCUUUCCGCUGUGAGGAUGUGGCUGCCCUGGACCCUGUGACCUUUGAGAGCCCGGAGGCCUUUGUGGCCCUGCCCCGCUGGAGCGCCAAGCGCACAGGCUCCGUGUCCCUGGACUUCCGUACGACGGAGCCCAAUGGGCUGCUGCUCUUCAGCCAGGGCCGGCGGGCAGGCGGUGGGCAAGGAGGCCACGGGGCUGCCCGAGCCGACUACUUUGCCAUGGAGCUGUUGGACGGAUACCUCUACCUGCUCCUAGACAUGGGUUCCGGGGGCAUCAAGCUUCGGGCAUCCAACCGGAAGGUCAAUGAUGGGGAAUGGUGCCACGUGGACUUCCAGAGGGACGGGCGCAAAGGCUCGAUCUCGGUCAACAGCAGGAGCACACCCUUUUUGGCCAGCGGGGAGAGUGAGAUCCUGGACUUGGAGAGUGAGUUGUAUUUGGGGGGCCUCCCUGAAGGGGGACGGGCAGACCUGCCACUGCCCCCCGAGGUGUGGACGGCGGCGCUUCGGGCUGGAUACGUGGGCUGUGUUCGGGACCUCUUCAUCGACGGGCGCAGUCGCGACCUUCGGAGUUUGGCUGAAGCCCAAGGGGCUGUGGGGGUUGCCCCCUUCUGCUCACGAGAAACGCUGAAGCAGUGUGGGACAGCCCCCUGCAGAAAUGGGGGGGUCUGCCGAGAAGGCUGGAACCGCUUUGUCUGUGACUGUGUUGGGACAGGCUUCUUGGGCCGGGUUUGUGAGAGAGAGGCCACAGUUCUGAGCUAUGACGGCUCCAUGUACAUGAAGAUUAUGCUGCCCACGGCCAUGCACACUGAAGCUGAGGAUGUGUCUUUGCGAUUCAUGUCGCAGCGUGCCUAUGGCCUCAUGAUGGCCACCACCUCCAAGGAGUCUGCGGACACCCUGCGCCUAGAACUGGAUGGGGGGCAGAUGAAGCUCACCGUCAACCUUGACUGCCUGCGCGUCGGCUGCGCACCCAGUAAAGGCCCCGAGACACUCUUUGCCGGACACAAGCUUAAUGACAAUGAGUGGCACACAGUCCGCGUUGUGCGACGUGGCAAGAGCCUACAGCUGUCUGUGGACAACGUGACCGUGGAGGGGCAGAUGGCUGGUGCCCACACCAGGUUGGAGUUCCAUAACAUCGAGACGGGUAUCAUGACCGAGCGGCGCUUCAUCUCUGUGGUGCCUUCAAAUUUCAUCGGGCACCUCAGUGGGCUGCUGUUCAACGGACAGCCCUACAUGGACCAGUGCAAAGACGGCGACAUCACCUACUGUGAGCUCAACGCCCGCUUUGGCCUGCGGGCCAUCGUGGCUGACCCCGUCACCUUCAAGAGUCGAGCCAGUUACCUGGCGCUCGCCACGCUCCAAGCCUACGCCUCCAUGCAUCUCUUUUUUCAGUUCAAGACCACGGCUCCUGACGGGCUUCUCCUCUUCAACUCCGGCAACGGCAAUGACUUCAUUGUUAUUGAGCUGGUCAAGGGGUACAUCCACUAUGUGUUUGAUCUGGGGAAUGGCCCAUCUCUGAUGAAGGGGAACUCAGACAAGCCUGUCAAUGACAACCAGUGGCAUAAUGUGGUGGUAUCAAGGGACCCAGGCAAUGUGCAUACACUCAAGAUUGACUCACGCACAGUCACACAGCACUCCAAUGGCGCCCGGAACCUGGACCUCAAAGGAGAGCUGUACAUUGGUGGUCUGAGCAAGAACAUGUUCAACAAUCUGCCGAAGCUGGUGGCCUCUCGGGAUGGCUUCCAAGGCUGCUUGGCCUCGGUGGACCUCAAUGGCCGCCUCCCAGACCUCAUCGCUGACGCCCUGCACCGGAUUGGGCAGGUGGAGAGGGGCUGUGAUGGCCCCAGCACCACCUGCACUGAGGACUCCUGCGCCAAUCAGGGCGUCUGCCUGCAGCAAUGGGAUGGCUUCACCUGUGACUGUACCAUGACCUCCUACGGGGGCCCCAUCUGCAAUGACCACCAUGUGUGUCAAGGUGUGAUGACUGGGGGAGUGUGUAUGUACGAUGUGCGUGCCUGGACCCACGAGGAGGCUUCGGGGCCACGCCUGGGUGUGCGGGUUUGCACGUGGGUCCCCGUGGGCCUCCUAGUGGGGGUGCACGCUGGUGCACACAGACCUCGGCUCUACAUGUGUGCACCAUCAGCUUGUACCCACAGCCCAGGGUUUGUGUACGUGUGCAUGGCAGAGGCUGGGUUGCUGCACACGCGUGGCCAGGGAUGGGAGGCGUCCUGGACCUUGACGUUGCCGCCGCCCCGCGGAGCCUGGAGGGAUCCAGUUGAUUCCGUUGGUUCCAGCUCGAGGAUCGGGAUCUGGUCCCCUUCACCUUCUCCCCUCCCUCCCCCCUGUCGGGGUUUGGAGCGGGAGGGGGGUUUCCCGGGGCCUGGAGGCCCCCCCCUCGCCGGCCCCCGGCCAUGGGGCUGUGAGGUGGCGGCGGCCGAGAUGCCCCCCGGGGGCCCAGGGCCCGGGGGGUGCCCGCCCUGUCCCCCCGCCCUGGCGCUGCUGCUGCUGCUACUGCUGCUGCUGGGGGCGGGCGAGGGCGACGGGGCCCGGGUCUCCUCCAGUCUCAGCACCACCCACCACGUCCACCACUUCCACAGCAAGCACGGCACCGUGCCCAUCGCCAUCAACCGCAUGCCCUUCCUCACCCGAGGCGGGCACGGAGGCGAGUUAAUUUUGCCUAUUAUUACGGAGGACUCCCUAGACCCCCCUCCUGUGGCCACCCGCUCCCCCUUCGUGCCCCCGCCCCCGACUUUCUACCCCUUUCUCACGGGCAUGGGUGCCACCCAAGACACCCUGCCCCCGCCCGGGGCCCGGCGGCCCCCAGCAGGGCCGCCCCCGUGCCAGGGCGGGGAGCAGGAUGACAGCGACUGCGAGGAGCCCAUCGAGGCGUCGGGCUUCGCCUCGGGGGAGGUCUUUGACUCCAGUUUGCCCCCCACGGACGACGAAGACUUUUACACCACCUUCCCCUUGGUCACGGACCGUACCACCCUCUUGUCCCCCCGCAAGCCUCCUCCCCCCCGGCCCAACCUCAGGACAGACGGGGCCACGGGGGCGCCAGGGGUCCUUCUCGCCCCCUCUGCCCUGCCCCCCAAUCUGCCGGCGGGCAAAAUGAACCACCGCGACCCGCUGCAGCCGCUGCUGGAGAACCCGCCGGUGGCGGCGGGUGGGGGCCCCGGGGCGCCCACGUCCUUCGAGCCACGGCGGCCGCCCCCCGCCCUGGCCCCCGGCGUGACGGCAGCCCCUGGCUUCCCCCGUGUGCCCACAGCCAACCCCACGGGCCCCGGGGAGAGGGGCCCGCCCGGUGCCGUCGAGGUGAUCCGCGAGUCCAGCAGCACCACGGGCAUGGUGGUGGGCAUCGUGGCGGCGGCGGCGCUCUGCAUCCUCAUUCUCCUCUACGCUAUGUACAAGUAUCGCAACCGCGACGAGGGCUCCUACCAGGUGGACCAGAGCCGUAACUACAUCAGCAACUCGGCCCAGAGCAACGGCGCCGUGGUGAAGGAGAAGGCUCCCGCCGCGCCCAAGGCGCCCAGCAAGGCCAAGAAGAACAAAGACAAGGAGUACUACGUGUGAGCGCCCCGGGCCUACGGUGCCCGCCGGCGCCCCUGCCAGCCGAGCGAGCAGCAGCAGCCCCCGCCCGACCCCGACCCCCCGGGGGCGCGGGCCAAGGGCCGCCUCAGACUUCUC